GAAAGGACAAGCAGAGUAACUUCAAGUUCUCCGAUUACAACAUCAUCAUCUCAAUCUCUUCCGUUCGUCAUCCCAAGUUCAUCAUGUCUGUCUCCACUCAAGGAUUCGUUGCCAUUCUGGGCUGCACUUUGGUGAUUAUGGCCGCCUCAGCAAAGGCCGAUGAUCAACAAAGAGGCGUCUUGGUGGACCAGAGCAUUGCCAGCAAGGCUUGUCUCGGCCGGGAUAAGGCCGAAAAAUAUGCCCAAGCUGCAUUCGAAUGCCAAGCUGCCUUGACUCCGGAUUUUGAUGAGGAAGUCCCAGAGGAAACUUUUGAACCUGUUGAGCCCUUCAAUUUCUUGGACUUUUUGGUUGGAUUUUCUGCUGAGAAGCUCUGCGUGGCCAAUAAACUCGGGUGGCUUGAUGAAGAGGGAGAUACUCUGGAUCUCCAGUCUUUGAAAGGCUUCUUCUUGUCCACCCCUAUGAACAGUUCAGUGGACUUCAAUAGGGCCCUAGAUUUCUGUCAAGCCCAAGUUGAGUCCUCGAAUGUGUUGGCGUAUCUCCACAACCUCCACAAUUUGGGCUUGAUCGAGUUGGAAGAAGAUCUUGGAGAAACAUACAUCAAUGCCGAUGGGUGGAUCAACGUGAACGAGGCCAUUGCUUCUUUGGAUGAUGCUUCCCUGACCCUGGCUACCCGGAUUUCCCGAGAAAUGGACUUCCUUCAAUGCAUGAGCCUGUGUGAUCAAGUGGCUUGCCAACUUUAUGUUACUGCCAUUGUCGAGACCGGCACCGAAGCUUAAGGAUUGUAACUAUCAAGUGAAUGCGGAUAAUUAAAGCUGUUCUUUUUGUUUUUGAUGACAA